AUGGUUCAAGUCACACAGUUCGUUUUGGCCACUGCCGCCCUUGCUGGCGCCGCCACCGCAUUCCCCAAACCAGAGCCCAGCAACACCACUGUCAACCCAUGGACUGGCAAGGACCGCUAUGUAGUUGAGAGCUACGGCAAGAAGCUCGACCAAACAAUUGCUUCCUUCCUCUCAAAGAACGAUUCCCUGAACGCAGCACGAACCCGCACUGUUGCCAAAAAGACAUCCACCUUCGUAUGGGUUACAUCGCGGGCUGGACUUAGCCAGAUCCCCGAAGCCAUCCAGCAAGCCCGCCGUCAACGAAAGGGCCGAAAGAGGAUGAUUGUCGGCCUUGUCCUGUACAAUCUCCCCGACCGUGACUGCUCUGCUGGAGAGUCUGCCGGAGAGCUCAGCUCCGCCAAAGACGGCCUGAACAUCUACAAGCACGAAUUCGUCGACAAGUACGCACAGCUCGUAUCUGAGGCCAAGGAUCUCGACUUUGCCAUUGUCCUCGAGCCCGACUCGCUCGGUAACGCCGUCACCAACCAAGGUGUUCCUUUCUGCGCCAACGCCACCCCCAUCUAUGAGCAAGGUAUCGCUUACGCCAUUGCCAAGCUACAGUUCCCCAAUGUAUCUCUAUACAUGGAUGCUGCCCACGGAGGCUGGCUUGGAUGGGCCGACAACCUGAAACCCACGGCCCAGAUUUUCGCCAGAGUUGUCGCAGCGGCCAAGAAGAUUAACCCAGCGGCCAAGAUCCGUGGUUACUCUACCAACGUAUCCAACUACAACCCGUUCAACGCCAAGGUCCGCGAGAACUACACCGAAUGGUCUCCAUCGUGGGAUGAGAGCCACUACGCUACCUCUCUUGGAGCGGCAAUGGCAGCUGAGGGCAUGCCAACCAACUUCAUCAUCGACCAGGGCCGUGUUGCCCUCCCCGGUGCUCGCAAGGAGUGGGGCGAGUGGUGCAAUGUUUCGCCUGCUGGCUUUGGACUGCGCCCUGGAGCUGCACCAAACAACACCAACGUCGACUCAAUCGUCUGGAUCAAGCCUGGUGGUGAGAGUGACGGAGCCUGCGGUCUGGCUGGUGCGCCUGUUGCUGGUGCUUGGUUCGACGACUACGUUCAGAUGCUCGUCAAGAACGCCGACCCUCCUCUUGAGCCUACUUACUAG